AUGUCCGACGAAGAUCUCGAGCAAAUAAGACGCGCGCGCCUGCAGCAGCUACAACAGCAAGGCGGGGGCGGCGGAGGACAAGGCGGCGAGGGCUCAGAGCAAGAUUCGCGAAAGCAACAAGAGGCCGACCAACGCUCCUCCAUUCUCUCACAAAUUCUCCUUCCCGAAGCAGCCGACCGCCUAGGACGUAUCCGCCUCGUCAAAGAAUCGCGUGCAACCGAUAUCGAAAACAGACUCAUAAUGCUUGCGCGAACAGGCCAAUUACGACAGAAGGUUACCGAAGAGCAGCUGAAGGAGAUACUGGGAGCGGUGGCAGAACAGCAGGAGAAGGAUGAGCAGAAGAUUGUUGUAAAUAGGAGGGGAGGGAACUGGGACGAUGAUGAUGAGUUGGAGGAGCUCAUGAAGGAUGUUUGA